AUCGACCGAGGCAGAUUAAGAGCAGGCUAGUUAAUUUCCUACAUGGAGCAGAAUGAGCAAAAGCUUCGAAAGGCUGUGUCGGACGUGUCGAGUGAAAUUGAGAAAUACUAUAGCGAGUUGAAGUUGGAGAGGCAGCAACUUGGUGCGAUUGAAGAGGUGGAACAAGCUGAAUGUCAGUGUUGUGGGUUGAAAGAGGAUUGCACUUCGGUUUAUAUCACAGAGGUUGAAGAGUGUUACUGUGGAAAGUGGGUUUGUGGGCUUUGUUCUGAAGCUGUUAAAGAAAGAGUAGGGCCAUGUCCCACUACAGUAGCCAUGCAAGAUGCUUUGAACUCGCACAGGGAUUUCUGUCAGGAAUAUAACGCUACCAGACUUAACCCUCAACUCUCGUUAACUCAUUCUAUGAGGGAAAUAGCCAAAAGAAGUUUUCAGAAUAGGAAAUCCAAGCUUACUCGCACCACUAGUUAUCCCUGAAAUCAUACAGUUUCUUCAAUCAUGCUUCUGCUAAUUUUUACAUCACACCUACACACUUAAUAAUUCUUUUUCUAAUCAAUUUUAACACUUUAAUAUGUCUCAUGUCAAAAUUCAUUCAAAUCAUAAAUUUCUCAUACUAUAUGAAAUAGUGGGUUUUAUUUUAGGUUGAGUUAGAGACAUUAUUCUCCUUUUAUUAUUUUCUGUAGUAACAUUUUGUAUUACCUUGUUCUCUCAACAAUCUGAGGUAAAACCUUCGUUAAAUGUAAAAAAAAAAAAAAAGACAUCUAAUAACGUACUAAUUAAUCUCUUACUGUUUUCUGUUAUUUUUAAUAAAAACAUAAAGAUUCUCUGU